ACAUGAACAUCGGCUGCAAGAAAAACUCAUACUCAUACAAGUGCGGACUUUGGACAGUAUCUGACGUAAUUUGUCCUGUGAAACACGUAUAAAUUGCAAAUAUUUGUACUUUAUAAAGUUAUAUUACAGUUGUUGCGGAACAUAAGACAAGUAUUUAUCUACCCGAAUGUAUAGGAGGGCAGUGAACAUGGAACAAGAGCAAAUAGCCAAUGAGCAGUUUAUAUAUAGGCUUGGUAGUUUACCAGUUGUGAGCUCGGCAUGGAGUCAAGCCUGUGACAUCUACAACAAGACCAAGGAAAGCAACACUUUGUUGAGGGUUACAUGUAACAUGGCUGAGGGAGGUGUUCAAUCAGUUGUUUCUACAGCUAAACCCUACGUUGAGAAAUACCAGCCACAAAUUGAGACAGUAAACUCAUAUGCUUGUGAAAAGCUAGCAUUGAUGGAAGAACAGUAUCCGGUGAUAACCAAACCAACUGAUGAGUUCCUCAAGGAGGGCAAGGACAAAUGUGCUGGGGUGCUCAAACCUGUUACUGACAGGGUGAAUGCCGUUAAGGACACAUAUAAUGGAAUGGUUAACAAAGGACAUGAAACAUAUGAAGCAACAAAAGGGAAGGUUGAAGCUGUGAAGGACUACAGUAUGACAACAGUGAGCAGAACUCUGGAAUCUCCUCUUGGAAAAUUUGCCAUGGAGAAAGUGAAUGAGGCCCUGACUGUGUCUGAGGAAUAUGUCGAGAAAUAUCUGCCUCCUUCUGAAGAAGAAAUGACAGAGGCUGAAAAAGCUCCCUUGGAAGUUGAUGAAGUUGGUACAUUGACAAGAGUUACUUCCCUUAGUACAAAGGUUAGCCAAAGAAUGUUCAGGAGAGCAAUUAAGGACCUGAAAGGACUACAGAUGAGAAGUAAGGAAAAACUGGACAGUCUUAACUUCACUGUUGACUUGAUCCAGUAUGCCAAAUCAGGUGCUGGGGAGGUGAAGGACACACUGGAGGAGAAAUACGAGAUAGCUCAGAACAAGAUGGCCGAGUAUUGGGAGAAAAUUAAUGAUGAUGCUGAUUCUGAUGGUGAAGAUGCCCCAGAAACAUUUGAAGGUAAGACAAUAGUUGUUGCUAGGCGACUGACAAGACAGGUGAAACAAGGUAUGACCACUGUAUCAGGAUAUCUCCCUGCCCGCCUUCAACCCACAGUUGUUCGUGAAAGAAUGGAAAAUGCAAUCAAAUAUACAGAGGAACUUUACAUGGCAUUCAAAGAAGCACAGAGAUUUGAUGAUUUGCCACAUUGGUUAUUAGCACAAGCCAAGGAAAAGAUGUCUUAUAUACAGGAGACUGUGUCAUUUCUCACUGAAACAUUUCUUGUCUCUCCUAUCAGUUGGAUGUUUGAUCUGGGAGUAUCUAUUGAUGGUAUAGAGUUAGAUGACCCCUCAGAUAUGAUCAACCUACAAUUUCAAGUGCCUGUCACAUUGAAACACCUUCCAGCAGCCUAACCUACAUUACCAUGGAAACAGAAUAA